ACAAGCAUUUUACCUGCGAGGUUGAAAAGAUCGGAUUGGAUAGUGGAGAGUUGCACAAGUUGCUGUCCUAAAGCUGCAAGGCCUUCCUACAAUCCAAGUUCGCUAGCUAGUGUUCUCCUUUGUUGGUUAAUAUUGGUUAUUUCCAUUGUCAAAACAUCUAGGGUGGCAUUGCACAAGUGACUGUAACUCACGUUCUCACCGUUGACAAUCAAAACAUUUUACCUGCUAGGUUGAAAAGACCGACAUGGAUGGUGGAGAGGCACGUAAUCUGCUGUCCUAAAGCUGCAAGGUCUUCCUACAAUCCAAGUUUGCUAGCUAGCGGUCUUCUUUGAGCACGUUUACGGUGACAAGUGUGCAUUGUUCUUGUGUCUAAGUUGCCAAAAGACUAUAUAAAAUAUGAAAUGUAGUACUUGAAGAGAGUAAGGAACUUAACGGGAGAGAUUUUGGAGGGAAAAAAAUUCUUAGUAGGAAACGGUUUAACGGCUGAAAAAAAUGAGGGUGCAUCUUUUGUGGUGGCCAAUCAUAAUUCAACUCACAGCUUUAACUCCUUUUAUCAUUCGAGUUGGUUUUUAAUUCAAAAUUUCAAUUUCCAGAUAUUCUGAGUUUUGUCUAUAUUAUUAUUAUUACUACUACUACUACUAAUGUCUCCUAAUUUCAAUAUAUUUUUUUUUUCUUUUUUUUUUUUUGUUAAAACCAACUUUUGAAGUAAUUAGUUUUACUUUGUCUUCCUUUCUAAAUGAGGAAGGAGGACUAAAUUUUUUUUGGGUAAGAAAUUAUCAUGCUAAUUAAAUUUGCUGUCUUUCUAGACAAGGCAAUUCUUUUUCUCUUGGUGUGAAUGUAACCUGUCCCGAUUCUGCUUGUUGAUGUGGCUCAAUAACAAAUAUAUAUAUUAUCUUUAAUUAUAAAAUCAUAUUUAUUUUUUUAAAAAAAUUAGAGUACGUACUGGAGAACUUAAUUAUUAUUUUUCAAUUUUUUCUAAAUUUAUAAUUAAAUAUGAUGUCUCCAUUUAUUUACAAUUCCCAUGGAAUUGAGUACAUCCCUAUGCGAAAGACUUAAAUAUUAUCCAAAUAGUACAAGAUUAAAAAAAAAAAUUCUCAGAUUCUUUAUGUUACUCAGCAUUACCAAUUUUUUGUAAAACUUUCUUUCCAAUUGGUCACUUUUUGUUUUACACAUAAGGCAUAAUUUUAAAUAAUAGAUCCCACAAAAAAAGUAUAUAAAAAAAUAAAAAUAAAAAUAAAAAUCACAUAAAGCACAUUAUGCUUUGUGUCAUGAUAAUACCUUAAUCAUACUUUGAAUUAAAGAAUUUUUAAUCCACGUCCACUUUAAAAGAAAUAAAGAUAGAAUUAGUGAAUUAUUUCUCAUAAAUGGAGAGAAUAUUUUUCAUGUUUUGCCAUCAUCAUAAAUGGAAUCACAUGAACUCAUUCAAUGGCUAGGCCGCAAACACGGCGUCGUAUGCCCAAAAUUGCUCUCCUUGAUUUUGUCAAAUUUGAGAAGAACCCAUUUAGGAUCUCUAAUCUCUCUCUCCUCCCGGGAAAAAAAAAAAAAAAAAAAAAUCUCUCUCUUCCGAACCCAACCCCCCCCCACACAUAAUCUAGGGUUUCAUUCUUCAUGCGUUCACUUCUUGUCCAGCCAAAAUUUGAACAAGCGAGAAUACACUUUACAUUGUCCAUACCAUCACACGAUCAGUGAUUCGGAUUUUGUGGUGACAUGGACAGGGGAGCUUUUAAUGAUGUUUCGUUGCUGACUUCCAGAGCCCUCGGUGGUGGUCUCGAAUCGUUGUUUUUCUCAUACUUCUGAGAAAUUUACGACGCAGCGAUCGAUAUGACUCCCGAUAGAAGCAGAAGCCCUCCACGAGCCAAGAGAUUCCGUAGUAAUGAACGUGCAUCUUACCGUGAUGCACCUUAUCAGAGAGAUCGACGCAUGUACAGGCAAGAUUAUCUUUGCAAUAAAUGCAAACGACCAGGGCACUUUGCCAGAGAUUGUCCAAAUGUGACCGUGUGCAACAACUGCGGACUUCCUGGUCACAUUGCUGCUGAGUGCACAUCAACAACCAUGUGUUGGAACUGUAAGGAGCCAGGACACCUUGCGAACCAAUGUAAAAAUGAUCCAGUCUGUCAUAUGUGUGGUAGGAUGGGUCACCUGGCUCGUGAUUGCUUCAACCCGAGUCUACCCGCUCACGAUGCAAGGCUCUGCAACAACUGCUACAAGCCAGGCCAUAUUGCUGUUGACUGCACCAAUGAGAAGGCCUGCAACAACUGCCGUAAGACCGGUCACCUUGCCCGUGACUGUCCCAAUGAUCCUGUCUGCAACAUCUGCAAUAUAUCAGGGCAUGUGGCCCGUCAAUGUCCAAAGUCAAGCCUGCCACCACCGGAUAUAGUAGGUGGCCCUUUCCGUGACACGCCUUGCCGCAAUUGUGGCUUUCAAGGCCAUUCAACUCGUGACUGUGUCGCCAUUGUCAUCUGCAACAACUGUGGUGGGAGGGGCCACCAAGACUUCCAUUGCCCUUCUGUCCGAAUGUUUGACCGUGACUUUCGUAGGUGUUGACUUUGCUACUGGUUGGAUUUAUUAGGAGGAACCACCUGAAAAUUUUCUAUUACGGAUUCGUUGAUUUUUAGCAAGAGUUUUUUUGUUUUCGUUUUUUUUGGGUGGAAUUUGGAAUGUUUGGAGGCUUGUGUGGGCACGCUUUUCAGCAAGUUGGUGUAGCAAUCUUUUCUUUGGAAUGAUGAUCUUGUUCUUGUUUUUCUUCUAACAUAAUUGAUUUGCAACCUUAUGCAGUUGCUACUUUGAUC